GACCCAGCACUAGUACGUGGCAGUAAAACUUACUGCGCUUUUGAAACGUCGCUGAAGGAUUUUUGGAGAAUCAGGUUUCAAGAGGUUUUGUGUAUUUUAAGAAGUGUGCAUCAGAGAGAUAUGCAGUAUUUUGUGGUGACCGUUUGGUUUGUGUGCUGGCUCUGCUGCAAAAUACAGGCAGAGGUCUUCACAUCAGUUGGCCAGAUGACAGACUUGAUUUUUGCAGAGAGGGAUUUGGUUCACUCCCUGAAGGAAUACAUCCAAGCAGAGGAGUCCAAGCUUGAUGCUGUAAAAAGCUGGGCAAACAGGAUGGAUUUGCUCACUCUUGCAUCAACUACUGAUCCUGAAGCAUUUUUGGCUCAUCCAGUGAAUGCUUACAAGCUGAUGAAGAGACUUAACACAGAAUGGUCUGAGCUAGAACAUCUGGUGCUACAGGACUCUUCAAAUGGUUUCAUCUCAAACAUUUCUGUGCACAAACAGUUUUUCCCAGAUGAGGAGGACCAAAAAGGUGCAGCCAAAGCUCUGAUGCGUCUCCAGGAUACAUAUCACCUGGACUCUGAGAGCUUCUCCAAAGGCAAACUGCCAGGUGUGCGCUACAAUGCUUUUCUGACUGUAGAUGACUGCUUUGACAUGGGAAAGACAGCAUAUGAUGAGAAUGACUACUACCAUGCAGUGCUGUGGAUGCAACAGGCCCUCCGACAGAUGGAUGAUGGUGAGGAAACCAGAACAUCCAAGUCAGACAUCCUGGACUACCUGAGUUACUCCGUCUAUCAGAUGGGAGAUGUUUCUCGAGCCAUCGAACUCACCCGACGCCUUGUCUCCAUUGAUCCCGGCCACCAGAGAGCAGGAAGAAAUCUGCAGUAUUUUGAGCAGAUGCUCUCCAGUGAGCUAAGGGACUUGGAACAGACCAAAAAGGAGCCCAGUAAAGAGACGUCCAUUCAGGUGGUAACCUAUGAUCGCCCAAAAGAUUAUUUACCUGAGAGAGAGAUCUAUGAAUCCCUGUGUCGAGGAGAGGGGAUCAAAAUGACUCAACAGAGGUGUAGCAGGCUCUUCUGUCGCUAUCAGAAUGGGAACAGGAACCCACGUCUUCUGCUCAAGCCUAUGAAGGAGGAGGAUGAGUGGGACAGUCCACAUAUUGUCCGCUAUCUGGAAGUGCUUUCUGAUGAAGAGAUUGAGAAGAUCAAAGAGCUCGCCAAACCCAGGCUUGCGAGAGCAACUGUGCGAGAUCCAAAAACAGGUGUACUGACAACAGCACAUUACAGGGUGUCCAAGAGUGCAUGGUUGGAAGGAUAUGAAGAUCCAGUCAUUGCACGUGUCAACCAGAGAAUAGAAGACAUUACUGGUCUAACAGUGAAUACUGCCGAACUUCUCCAGGUGCAAUAUGAUGAGACUCCAGCCAGAUGUAGGGUAUCAGGAUGGGUCAGGCAGGUCCAAGGAGCAGAAGAGGUCAGCAUCUCGAUAUCAAGAUUGACAUGUAACUCAUGGAGAGAAAACAGGUUGUUAGUUCUUUCAGCUCUGGUUCUCUGGGGGGGGUCUCUCAUUGUUCACUCGGGAGCAUUCCAGAUGGCUCUUCAUCUCCAGAGUCUGAAGGUCUAUCCUCAUUGGCUUCACCUGCUGCAUCUUCAGGUGUUCCUUCAUCUUCAGGUCGAUCUCUUGGUUGCUAACUAUGGGGUUGGAGGUCAAUAUGAGCCACAUUAUGACUUCUCAAGGCGUCCUUUUGACAGCAACCUCAAGGUUGAUGGAAAUAGGCUUGCCACCUUUCUUAACUACAAACAUGAGACUGAGGCUUUCAAAUCGUUAGGCACAGGAAAUCGUGUGGCUACUUUUUUAAAUUAUAUGAGUGAUGUGGAAGCUGGUGGUGCCACUGUGUUUCCAGAUUUUGGUGCUGCUAUCUGGCCAAGAAAAGGUACUGCAGUGUUCUGGUACAAUCUCUUCAGGAGUGGAGAGGGAGAUUACCGAACAAGACAUGCAGCCUGCCCUGUUUUAGUUGGUAGUAAAUGGGUGUCUAACAAGUGGAUCCAUGAGAGAGGUCAGGAGUUCAGGAGACCUUGUGGCCUCACAGAAGUGGACUGAUUCUGCCUGUUGAGAGUUAAAUACUUCUUAAACACUUACACUCAGCUUCUCCUGUAGUGCCUGAACUGUGAUUGAUCACAAACACAACACAAUUUAGCAUCUUAUACCAUGAUGUUGAAUACAUUUUGUCAGAAGUCAGUCAGAUGUGGUAGCCAUAUUUUACACUGAAAAAAAAUUGCGAUCAGGAAUAAAUAGCCAUAACUGCCAAGUUGGGAAUGAAGGCUACAUCAAGUACAUCAACUUAAGGGAUUUUGGGGUGGUGGUGUUUUUUUUUUUGUCUUUGUUUCUUUCUUCAACAAUGCAUGCUACUUUGCUUCAUAUAGUAACCGAGUUCUGGAGUUUCACAUUUGUCCUUUUGGUUAAAUGUGCUGAGUAGAAUUGACACCACUGUGCCAAAAUAGGGUCUCUGGAGAAGAGGCAUUCCUUUAAAAAUGUUUUAAUCUGAAAAAGGCUUAUAAUAGCUCCAUGAACUGUCUAAAAACUUCCCUGAAUAAUCUUGCUACUUUUUGGAUGAACAGGUCAUUCUUUGAAAGUUUUUGUCCUGGAAUUUUUUAAUCAAAUUAUAACAUUGACACCUACUGUUAGGACUCAUAUGUGCAUAAUUAUUAAAAUAUAUACAUCAUUGCCUGUAUUAAGAGGUUAUUUUAAUGUAUUUUUUCACUAAUAAGCAAGUUAUAUACAGUGCCUUGCAUAAGUAUUCACCCCUGUGCGCAUGAGUGUCAUGAAUCAACACAGUCCAUAAUACUGAAGUAGAAAUAUCAAUAAAGGAUGCAACUGUGUAUCAGUGUUCUUAAAACACCCACAAUCCUAUGCGUAUGUACAAGUGGAGACCUUUUCAACGACACACGCCUGCCUAGCCUCUGAAGGACUCAUCCCAUCAAGGAAACAUCCAUGACUGAGAAAUACCCAUAGGCACACAAACUUUGAAGUAUAUGCUCUGUGUCAUAAUUACCAGUCUAUGUCAAGUUUUGCCUUCUGCCUUAUUGUUACAUGUUUCUUUAAAUCUCAUUUCUGUUUUUGUCUUUGAUUCUUGCAUAGUUUAUUUUGUUGUUUGACUGCCUGACCAUUGCCUAAUUCCUGAACAUGAUUUUGGCUGUCAAUUUGGAGCUGAGUUCUAAGCUUUAUUAAAAAAGCUUCCUUACCCUC